UGUCGUCAUCACGCACCGUUGCCAAACAAUGGUUCAGGAAAAGCCACGUUGACGAUCUCGACUGAAGUCUACCCAACAUUUUGACACAGAAAAGAAAGUCCUGUGCUUUUUCGCAUUUACAAAACAUUUGUUAGACUAGCCAUGUCCUCGCCGCCGAAAGAGAAGGUCGAAACCAAAGGCGGACAUCUUCCUGCAGUAAAGGCAGGGGGGAUGAGAAUAGUCCAGAAACAUCAGGGGGCGGCUCUCCCUCCUGAAGUACCCCAGGAGAAGGACAAGGAUGAUGAAGAAUUUGAGAGCAGCAGUCCACCCAAGCCCACCACCGUGGUCGUGUCAGGAGUGGUCACCAAGGGGGAUAAGGACUUCACACCAGCAGCUGCCCAGGUGGCCCACCAGAAGCCCCAGGCCUCCAUCUCCAAGCUGCCUGCCUCCCACCACCUCACCCAGCAUAUCCACCAGCCCCGCAAGUGAGCCAGCCCCCCCUAAGUUAACUGCUAGGCUACUUUCAACAGACCGCGUUCUAGUUGCCCCUAGACACAGAUCUGAGUUCACCUACGUGUUGUCUAUCCCCUGAUAGAUUUGUGGAGGUUUUAGGGAGGGUAAACUGAUCCUAGAUCUGUGCAUUCGGGCAACUUUUACCCUGAGCCAUUUCAACUCACCAAAUCGGACCACAGCAGCCGACCUAUCACAGCAGCCUACCGACCAACCCAACAACCAAUCACUUGUCAGUGAUGAGCGUAAGCUCCAGCCUUUUAGCCAAGACUUUCCUCGCCGGCCACUGGAACCAAUCAACCAACUUGUUUAUACCCUUGCAACUAACCAAUGAGGGGACUUGUCAGGAUUGAAGAUGCAAUCUACCAAUAGUUGUCUUGUUUCGAGUUUAUUGCUGAGGUUGGUGUUCCCAACUGUUUGUAAGCAUUGUGGAGCAGAGACCAAGAAUAAGCCAAUGACAGAAUGGCAUUAAUCAAUGAUUCAGCCAUCCAACCAAUCACCGCAAGUGCUCAGGUUAUGGGGGUAAUCCUGUGAAGCAUUCCUUGUGAUCCCUUAGGAAGGAGGUGGACCCCACAUGUACACACCUCCAUUCCCCUUUAACCAUUACUCAAGUGUCGUUCAAUUUCAACACUAAAGUUCAGGGUUCCUAGAAAGACAAAGCAAUGCCAAGAAGGAGUAAUUUCCUAUGUUUAUUUAAUAAAGUUGAAAAAUAAAACCAUAUGUUUAUUUUUUGUCUCCCUCAAGUUUGUGUUCUUGAGAGAAUUGUACAAAUUGUAGUCAGUGAGUGGACUUAGGCAUUAGGUGUGGUUGUCAUUAUAAAUAAAGAUUUAUCAUGAAGUCA